ACCACCACUCUUCACUUACACGACGAGAGUAAAACCCUAAGGCUAAAGGGAAGUGAUGGAACGUCGCGGCUCGGAUUCCAACAACGCUCGCCGUUUCCAGACGGAGGAGCCGCUCUCUUCCCGAUCUCGUACUCCUCACCAGCAGCAGCAGCAACCGUCUGCUCCCGCUGCCGCCUGGAGGGGUUCGGCGCCUGGAGGGGUUUCGAGGAAUGCGCGUCGCGGAGGAAAUGGGAAAACCCACGUGGCAGCCGCUGGUGGUGCACGGGGAGGCGAGCGGAGAAACCCUAACGCUAAAGUCGGUAACUUUCGAAAUGAGUAUGUGUAUGUCCCUAAGAGACCUUCGCCGCCGGUUGUUAGUUCGGCGAAAUCAGGCGGGGAGGGUGGUUCGACGGUUGAGGCCGUUACGGGAAAGUUUAGCGGAGAUGUGUUGUACAGACUUUACUUUAAGGGUUUGGUGAGUGAAGAGAGUGUGACUGGGAAGGGGAAGAUGAUGGCUGACGUGGCGGCUGGAUUUGGGGUUGCGAUUUGCGACCAGAGGGAUACUCUGUUGUUUGAGUUGAAGGGGGAACUUGUUGGCCGUGACACGAGCCGUCAAGGAGCGGAGAUUAAGGCGUUGACACAUGGGCUUACCGAAGCCUCGAAGCUGGGGAUCAAACGUGUUGCUGUGUUCUGCGACUUUUAUCCCAUUUUCCAAUACGUCAAGGGGAACUGGGUGCCUAAGCAAAAAAAGAUUUCCAUGCUGAUGGAAGAUCUGCAGAAGAUCAGGCAACAAUUCUCGUUUGUUCAGCCUGUUCUGGUAUCUGGAAACGAAGUUAAGUUUGCUUAUAAACUCGCCAGGGAAUCGAUACUUCCUCGUGGAGCUGCUCGCCAAGCAAAAGUAGCUUGGAAAGAGGAGUGUCUCAUCUGCUACAGCGAGUUCGAUCUCGAGCGCAUGUUUUCCGUUGGUAAAUGCCGUCACCGCUUUUGCUUCCACUGCGUGAAGCAGCACGUGGAGGUGAAGCUGCUUCACGGAACGGUUCCAAACUGUCCUCACGAUGGCUGCAAGUCCGAGAUGGUUAUGGAUGCGUGUCGCAGGCUUUUGACUCCGAAACUGAGCGAAAUGUGGAAGCAAAGGAUUAAAGAUAACGCGAUACCUGUCGCGGAGAGAGUCUACUGCCCUUAUCCUAGGUGUUCGGCUUUGAUGUCCAAAACCAAGAUAACUGAAUCUGCCAAGAGCUUGCUCUCUGUGUACCCUGAGUCUGGAGUUAGGAGGUGCGUUGAAUGUCGUGGACUCUUCUGUGUGGAUUGUAAAGUCCAGUGGCAUGGGAAGGUGUCAUGCACCGAGUACAAGAAACUGCAUCCUAAUCCUCCAGCAGAUGAUGUGAAGCUAAACUCUCUCGCGAAUAACAAAACGUGGUGUCAGUGUGACAAGUGCCAACACGUGAUUGAACUUACACAGGGAUGCAAUCACAUAACUUGCAGAUGUGGGUUUGAGUUUUGCUACAACUGUGGAGGAGAAUGGAACAAGGAGACGGGGACUUGUGCUAAACACUGCCCCACCUUGGAGGAAGCAUGCUUCACGCGUCAAGUCUGUGUGGGGACUAACAACUACUAUGAUUAUGAUGAUGAAGAAGACUAUGAAGAAGAUUAUGAUUCAGAUUACGACGUGGAUGAUGAAGAUUCUGAUUACGGCUUUGGUGACUUCCCAUUUGGUUUUGGGCAGAAGAAUAUGAAUGAUGCUAAUCCUGAAGAUUCCUUUGAUCCUUUCUCCGAACUGCCUCCUGGUGUGCCCCGUUCCCACCGGAUGCUGGAGUACAAGGCUCUUCACCACAUGCUUAACCCGGGUGUGGAGUUUGCAAGUGAGGACUGCCCAUACUUUGGAAAGUAUGGAAAGUACGCUACGUUUUAUGACUCGGACGGCUAUGAAUACGAUGAUUACUCCAACCCUUUCCAUCCUGACUACGACUGAGGUUUCUUUUCUACUUGCUUCAUUAAUGAGUUUGAUGGGUUUGAUGGAUUAUGAUUGACUACAAUAGUUCAUAGGGUUAGAUUGGUAUGUGAGUUCAUGUCUAACUGCACAACAAAGA